AGGUUGGCAUUGACAGUCGAUGUCCUUGACUCCCAUCGACUCCGUCGUCCAGAACUCAGUCAGAUCCACUGGCUUGGCUAACUGCACGUGCAAGACUUUACUUGGUUCCAUCCUCUUAUGCGGCAACGUUCCUAGGAUCACCCAUCCAACAGGUGAAUGACGAGCAGCAAAGUUGUGGGUCUCCUUUGACUCACCUCCAUGGAACUUGGGAUGAUCACUGCCAACUAAUUGAAUAAAAUCUACCUAUACAAUUAUCGGUACUUCUAACUUCCGAGCUUGAAAGUUUCCUUUCUCCGGUGAUCCACCACUGUUCUGCUAUGGUUACAUUUCCGAGUGAAGACUGUAAUAGUUUUGCUGCCAAUCAACUUGGAAUACCAAUUGCAUAGCAGAGAUGGCCGACGAUCGAACAGAGGAUUCUACGUUGCUAAAUAAGUUGAAAGAGGUAAAGAUAUUCGACAAGCCAUCGAGGGAAAUGAUUGGUCCAUCAAAGGUCAAAGAGCUGACAGAAGUAAACCUACGAGGCCAGGCACCGGUAGAAUUAAAGUUUCCAAGCGAGUUGAAUGAUGCCCUUUCUAAAACACGGAGACUACAUUUUUUUGAUCAGUAUGGAUGGAAUGUGUAUAAGAUGUAUGGAUACAUCGAUCGCUACCUAAAGCUUGAACAUUAUGCUACCAAGGUCUCUGUUAUUGGAUAUGGAAGAGAAUAUCAUCGGCGUAUAUCUUGGAAUAUCGAUGACGAUGGAGCUUGGAUAGUAUUUGAAGAUGCAUCACCACAAGAUCUAAUAGAAAUGAUCUCUGCACUGGCUCCAUUGUGUCAAAAAGUGGAACAUAUUACCACUGUCUUAGACGAGCAUCUGGAUAUUCAUACGCAUGGAUCACCACUUUUCAUUCCAAUGAGAUCUGUCCUCGCCGUUUGCCUUUACGCACACUAUGUACCACUCCAUGACUCAUUACAGACCGUCAGGAGGUGUUUUCCAAGUGCAAAGAGUCUCGUGCUAGAUUAUGACUUAGCAUUAUCAUUUGAAUUCACUUCCAGACACCACCCUGGCAUCCCGCUGUCUUCACUGAGAAUAUUGGAAUUACGUAACCUACAUUGCCGCGAUACUCUUGACAUGCUCUUUCUCCUGCUUUCUUCUUCCUGUCAAAACAUUGAAUCCCUCACCGUCACAAGCAAUGAUCCCCUCAAAUGGGAGAAGUCAAAGACAGCCAUUACAGAAUGUAAAUUACCUAAUCUGACUGAUAUCCAUCUUGAAUCUCGUUGGUCUGACCAUGGACCUGUAGUGUGGAGGUAUAAAGAGCACUAUGCACUCCAAAUGAUAACAGACUUAUUACGUAUGAUGAGUCCUAGUUUGAAAUUUGUCAAAGUAAAAAGUGUAAAGCUAGGAAAUGUAGUUAUGAAGAGUAUUGAAUGGUCCCGAACAUCAUCAGAUUGUGUGUUGCAGAUUCAAGAUGUAUCACUACUCGCAGAAAGGUUGGUUUUUGGAUACGCAUUGCGAAAGUCAGCUGCUGUACCCAUAACCAAGUUAAUCGAUAUUACAACCAGUGAAUUUAAAGAGGUUACUGUCCUUACACUUGUCAGUUGCAAGAUUGAUUUUGGGCAGUCUAAACGUAAGUCCCAUCAAAGCCCGAAGGAUCUUGGUACGUUGCGGGAAAUAAGGUUCUUUAGUUCAGAAUACUCACUUUCCAAAUCUGAUAGGAAAAAGCUUGUUAAAUUGUAUCCUAAUGUCAAAGUGACUGAAAAACAGGAGAGUCAGGAAUCAUCUGAAGAAUCUCAGGAGGGUGCAGGGAUACCUUCCAAGUUGGACAAAGCCUCCUCUCAAUCACUCAAGACAUCUGCCAUAGAUAAACUUUCUGAGGUAAAGGUUAAAUUUCAUGAAGACACAGGCUCACAGAACCCUGAAGGUGGAGAAGAAGAAACCUCAUGGCAAGAAAAAGAAGAGGAAUUUGACGUCAACCAAGAAAGCCUGCCCAAUGAAACAGUUCCUGAUGAAAGAGAUGUCAAAACAACCAAGAAGGAGUGCUGCAAGAGAAUUGGAGCUGAUGGUGGUAGACUGCGGCUAGAGUCCUUUGGGAUUGAACUGGAGAUACCUCCUGGUGCAAUCGGCAAAGAGCCACAGGAAAUCUCUCUUUGUGUUCUGACCGAUACUCCUAAUAUUGGUGACACCAAAGAAGAGAUGUCAGUCUGCUUCGGCGUACAAUGUUUAGCUCCUGAUGACUUAGUCCUGAGGUCACCGGUGACUUUCUCAAUACCUCAUUGCGCUGUUGCAACACUCUACUUCAGUUUAAAGGCAGUCCUGUACACAGGAGAGGGAGAAUACUCGCCACAUGCAGUUAUUAAGGAACGGAAAGUACUGUCAAGCUCUGGAAUACCCAGCUGCAAGAUCAUGAAGGACGUACUUGAACUCAAGAUGGAUCAUUUUUCGUGGGCGAAGAUUAUGAUCAGGAUCAAGAACUUCUUCUUCCGCGGAAAGAGGAUGUGCUUCGUGCCGUUUAAAGAGAAGUACUUGUCCCUGGCAAAGACACCUCUCAUCUUACAUGCCAACUUUUAUGAUGAUGUGGAAGGGAACAAAGAGGUAAGUUUAACAAUUUCCUUAUUUUAACGAAAUUGCUGUUUUUAUGAUCUAUCUUGGCAUGAUGGGUCAAUGUUAGAGCGGCCACCUCAUAAACGAUCGGGAGUGGGAUCGAUCCCGGUCGAGUCACACCAAAGACUUGCAAAACUGGGACCUUCUCCCUUCUUGUUAGGCGAUCAACGUUACGAUUAGAUUGGAUAUUUAGAACAAUUUAUUGCAUUUGAACCAUAAAGACAAUUUUGGUAACUCAUUAUUGAGUGUAAUUACCAAGGAAUUUAUGUUAUCAUGUGAGGAAAAGACGUUAGUGUCGUCUGCAAAUAAUAUCAAAGAUAAGCGAAAAGUUGUAUUAGUUAAGUCAUUGAUAUAAGUUAAAAAAAAUAACAGGCCUAAUAUCGAUCCUUGUAGAACGCCGCAUCGGAUUGGUAACAAAGUUUGAGGAAACGUUAUUAUACACCACAUAUUGUUGUCUAUUGACUAAAUAACUCUGAAACCAAGAAAGUGCAAAACCGUGGAUUCCAUAUUGAUUAAAGGUAUUGUUUAACUUUGUGAGCAGCCGAUUUAAAAAAUUCUCAAACCAAGAUGAAACAAGUGUACAAGUGCAUGUAUCAGAACUAAUAAACCCUGAAAACAACCAUUAUUGAGAAUGAAAAGCUAAAACUACAAGGCAAACCCCGAUUUUGUAAAAAGGCGUCUUACAGACGCCUAAAUAGUACACAUAAGUGUAUGGGAUGAAAUUAAGAUGGUGUUUUCAGUCACUUUAUAUUUCAAUUUUUGAAGCACUAAAUAAUUAUUUUCGAACAAAAUUUUUUCUGGGCUUCAUUUUUUUAACAUAUCACAGACACAGGUGACAAGUGUGACCUUCUAGCUCAGAUUUUUAACAGUCAAACCAAUGUUAACCAAUCACUUUAAGCUUUUUAAUCAUAACUUCAAUACUUAAUCAAUAAUUCUUCAGGAUUUAUAACAGGAAACCAUUUAAUACCAACUCAAACUUUAUUUUAAGAAAUUAUUACACAUUCUUCUUCCAGCUAAACUUUUGACGUUUCUUAUUCACUACAUUCCUGCUUCUCACUAAAAGAUCCACUCCCUCAAAUUCAGGGUAAAGUUAUGACGUACAAAUUGUUUUGGUCAAGCGUAUGUUACGAUCUUAUAAGCGACUCGGGCUAAACCUGCAACUCGCCGGGUAAGUUCGCGAAAAAGUGUUCUAUUGCAAAUAAUAAUGUACACGCCCGCACCAUGGACCUAUUACGAAUGGACAUUCAACGAGAGCAUUUUAUGACCACCACCUGUUUCCAGCUGUCAAAAUUGCUGUCUAACCCUUAACUUUCUCUUUACGCGGUUUUUACAACGACCGCCCGGGGUGAUUGUUUACACAAGCUCCUUUCGCCCGAUGAUCGUCACCGAUCGAUCACUGGCCCUCUUUCGACCAAAGACGGUCAUGUUGUAGCCCCGAUUGCCAAUAGGGAAAGUCCUUACAUUACCUAGAAUGCAAUGCGCAAUUCAUAUCCGGUUUUUCAGUACAUUAUUUUAGGCUCUCUAUAAUGUGCGAUUGUCGUCUGUCCAUCAAAAAAAAUCCCGUUAAAUUUCAUCACUCCUGUGGAAUUUUAUGCCCAAAUGAAAAUCAACUUCUGACCGAAGGUAAGCGCUACUAUCGACAUCGAUACUGUCCGAAAAAGCUGAGAUUUUAACGUUUUUCCGCAGAUUUUUUCGUCGAAUUUCAACUGCUUUUUUGCCGUAGAUAUACGGAUCUGCAAGGUGAUGUCAAUGCAUUUCAUUUCCGGUUGUUAGCGAUGUACGUAAAAAAUACGUUUAUGCACGCCUGUUUUCUUGUUUCUGCUAUCAUUUUCAUAGCGCUAACGUUCGCUGCUGUGCGUUGCUUUUGAUAAAGUGAACGAACAACAUCGCAAUGGGUAGGAGCAGCGUACAAUUGAUUUCCGCUGUCAAUCAGUGAGAGCAUGUUUUACGACCGGCUUGAUGGGUGUCAGCUGCCAGCGCUCUGUUUAUAAAAGGAUUAGCGGCGACGGUCUCUGUGUCAAAGGAGGGGAUUCGUUGAACGUCCAUUCGUAAUAGGUCCAUGCCCGCACUGAAUGGGGAGUUGGUGCGAGAAAAUCACGUCAGUAAACGGUACCACCAAUUUUCCAUAAAAUACGUGACUAUUAUUAAAAAAAUCGUACUAUAUCGGUUCUGUAAUGUUAGGGAGUAAUUAUAUAAUUGCAGGCGUGAAUUUAUACGAUCGAAUACACUUCAUUCGGUCGAUAUAUCUGCAACUGCAUGUAGUAUCGUAUCGCCAACAAAUAAUGGUACCAAACAACACAGAGGCAGUGCGCGCACACACUGGACACAUUUUCAAUAAGCUAGGAAGCGAGUUACUCUAUAUCAGAAGUUUACAUCAUUUUUUAAUUGGUUACUGACCAAUAUGUUUUAUGAUAAUCAUUUUUUCCAAUUUGAUCUAAUUCUCAGUUCAAUAAGGGACACUGAAGAAAAAGAGACAGUUCGGCCGCUUCUAUCGCUCCCUCAUGUUUAGUUUCUUCGCAUUUAUACGCCCUUUCCUUUAUUCAUUAUUUGUUGUUUUAAUCUACUUAUCAUUAAGUUACCUUUUCGUUUACUAAUUAAUAAUUUCAUCAACAUAUUGGUUACUGACCAAUAUGCUUUAUGAUAAUCAGUUUUUCCAAUUUGAUCUAAUUCUCAGUUCAACAAGGGACACUUAAGAAAGAGAGACAGACAGAAAGAAGUAGAAAAAGAUGGAACAGGAAAAAGGGGAUAUAGAGAAGGAAAAGAAGAUGAAGAAAUAUAUGGGUCAGAGGGACCCCCCCCCCCC